AUGGAGCAGCAACCGGAUCCUGUAUCCCGGCGCCUUCCCAUUGGACCUGAGGCUGAAGGCGAGGAGGAGGAAGAGGAGGAGGAAGAGGAAGGGGCUCCCAGCGCUCAGCCCCCCUCAAUCCGGCAUCACCAAACCCUCACCGCUGAGGCCGACGCGGCCUCUGCAUCCCUUAUGUGGACGCCGAGGGUGAUGGAGGAAGGACCACGGAGCAGCGAUGAUGAGCGCGGCUCCCUCCGCAUCCCCCGCUCCAAGGGCGGCUUUGUUCAGCUGAUCGACGAGCGCGGCAUCUACUCCACGGCCAAACUGGUGCUGGAGGAGGCCGUGGCGGCGUUCCCAUUGCCCCCAGUACCUAACGCCGACGACGAACUGGAGAUCCGGGAGGUGAUCGUGGACGAGAAGCCCUUCCAAUGCCCUGUGUGCACCAAGGCCUUCAAGCGGGCUUGGGAGCUCUUUAGCCACGAGGUUGUCCACAACGAGGAGCGCCCGUUCCGGUGCUCCCUUUGCCAGGCCUCCUUCAAGCGCCACUCGGACUUCAAGAGCCACGCUCUGGUGCACAGCGAGGAGCGGCCGUUCCGCUGCGAGCUCUGCGGCAAGCGCUUCAAGCGCUCCUCCAACCUCCAGGAGCACCGGCGCAUCCACAGCGCCGAGCGGCCCCACCGCUGCCACCGCUGCGCCAAGGCCUUCAAGACGCCCUACGAGCUCCAGCGCCACGCGCUCACCCACGGCGCACAGAGGCCUUUCCGGUGCUCCCAGUGCCGUAAGGAGUUCCCCACCUCCAACGCGCUCCUCCUCCACCAGCGGCAGCACUGCGAUGACAAGCCCCACGUGUGUGGUGUCUGCGGUAAGAAGUUCACCUACGGCCAUAGCCUUAAGGUGCACGAACGGGUGCACACCGGUGACCGGCCCUUUGUGUGCCCGCUGUGCGGUAAAGGGUUCAAGCAAUCCAACGCGUUGGCGUCCCAUGAACGGGUGCACACCGGUGAGAGGCCCUUCGCCUGCAAGACGUGCGGCAAGGCCUUCAAGCAGUCCUCCUACCUGGUGAUCCACGAGCGGGCCCACACGGGCGAGCGGCCCUACAAGUGCGAGGCGUGCGGUAAAGCCUUCGCCAGGCCCUCGCUGCUGCUGCAGCAUCACCGGGUGCACAGCCAGGAGAGGCCCUACGAGUGCAGCUUCUGCCAUAAGUACUUCAAGGACCUGGCUUACUUGGCCGUGCACGAGAAGGUGCACACGGGGGAGACGCCCUACAAGUGUGGGGUGUGCGAGAAGGGGUUCGCGCACCCGUCUAACCUGCUGCAGCACCAGCGGGUGCACCGCGACGGGUGAGAGGAGGGGA